UCCGUUUCCUGUGUUUUUGUUUCACAGCCCCACUUUUGAGAGCGAGUGUUGAGCGAGGAGCUCGAACCAGUCCCCCAACCCUCCCGGCCGCUGUCACUGGGCUCAGACGAACGUCACCGCUUCACAAUGGACGGAGGUCACCGCUGAAAGCGGCCGCAUCCACGCGUGUCGGAAAUAUCACCCAUCUGCUUUGGAUUUGGGUCCCGCAGCUUCAAAGUUGAGUCUUCUUAAAACAUAAACCGCGUUUGGACCCCCGUUGAAGGACAACGUUGUCUCUUUGAAGAUGGGGGGCCGGGGUCAAUUCGGGUACCACUGGCAGAGCCACAAUGUCAAACUUAGCGGAGUGGACGACAUGGUGCUGCUCAGCAAGAUCAACGAGGACGCCAUCGUGGACAACCUGAAGAAGCGAUACAUGGAUGACUACAUUUUUACAUAUAUAGGUCCUGUGCUGAUCUCAGUCAACCCCUUCAAGCAGAUGCCUUACUUUGGAGAAAAAGAAGUGGAGAUCUAUCAAGGCGCCGCCCAAUAUGAGAACCCUCCUCACAUCUACGCCCUGGCAGACAACAUGUACAGGAACAUGAUGAUCGACAGGGAAAACCAGUGCGUCAUCAUUAGUGGCGAGAGUGGAGCUGGUAAGACUGUGGCAGCCAAAUACAUAAUGGGGUACAUCUCCAGAGUCUCAGGAGGCGGACCCAGGGUGCAGCACGUCAAAGACAUCAUCCUGCAGUCCAACCCGCUGCUGGAAGCGUUUGGCAACGCCAAGACCGUGAGGAACAACAACUCCAGCAGAUUCGGGAAAUACUUUGAGAUCCAGUUCAGCAACGGCGGCGAGCCAGACGGAGGAAAAAUCUCCAACUUCCUCCUGGAGAAGUCACGCGUCGUCAUGAGGAAUCCUGGCGAGAGGAGUUUCCAUAUAUUCUAUCAGUUGAUAGAAGGAGCGAGCGACGAGCAGAAGAACAGCCUGGGAAUCACAAGUUUAGAUUAUUACACUUACCUCAACCAAUCUGGUUCUUACAAAGUGGAUGACAUUAACGACAAGAAUGACUUCCAGGAAACCAUGCAUGCCAUGAAGGUGAUUGGCAUCUCGGAUGCGGACUCCGCCAUGGUGCUACAGAUUGUGGCUGGCGUCCUUCACGUGGGCAACAUCAGCUUCAAGGAAGCAGGAAACUACGCUGCUGUGGAGAGUGAAGAGUUUCUCGCGUUCCCGGCCUUCUUGCUGGGCAUUGACCAGAAUCGUCUAAAGGAGAAACUGACCAGCCACAAGAUGGACAGCAAAUGGGGAAGUGCCGUGGAGUCCAUCGACGUGACCCUGAAUGUGGAGCAGGCGUGUUACACCCGUGACGCCCUCUCUAAAGCGUUGCACUCACGCGUGUUUGACUUCCUGGUUGAGUCCAUCAACAAAGCAAUGGUAAAGGAUCACCAGGAGUUGAAUAUCGGCGUUUUGGACAUUUACGGAUUUGAGAUUUUCCAAAAAAAUGGCUUUGAGCAGUUCUGCAUCAACUUUGUGAAUGAAAAACUGCAGCAAAUUUUCAUUGAGCUGACUCUAAAGGCUGAACAGGAGGAAUAUGUUCAGGAGGGCAUUAAGUGGACUCCCAUUGAGUACUUCAAUAACAAAAUUGUCUGUGACCUCAUUGAGAGCAAGAACCCGCCCGGCAUCAUGAGCAUCCUGGACGACGUGUGCGCCACCAUGCACGCGGUCGGCGGGGGGGCUGACCAGACCAUGCUGCAGAAGCUCCGCAUGCAGAUAAACACUCACGAGCACUUCAACAGCUGGAACCAAGGCUUUAUCAUCCACCACUACGCCGGCAAGGUGUCCUACGACGCAGAAGGAUUCUGUGAAAGGAACCGAGAUGUCCUGUUCAAUGACCUCAUCGAGUUGAUGCAGAGCAGUCAAAUCGCUUUCUUCAGAGCGCUCUUCCCCGAAAACCUCAACGCGGAGAAGAAGGGUCGGCCCACUACUGCAGGCAGUAAAAUUAAGAAACAAGCCAACGACCUGGUGAGCACGCUGAUGAAAUGUACGCCGCAUUACAUCCGCUGCAUCAAACCCAACGAGACCAAGAAACCCAGAGAUUGGGAAGAGGGCCGUGUGAAGCACCAGGUGGAAUAUCUGGGCCUGAAGGAGAACAUUAGGGUGAGGCGUGCUGGCUACGCCUACCGCCGUGUCUUCAGGAAGUUCCUCAACAGGUACGCCAUCCUGACCAAAGAGUCGUGGCCCUCGUGGCAGGGAGACGAAAAACAAGGCGUGCUUCACCUCAUGCGCUCCGUCAACAUGGACCAGGAUCAGUUCCAGCUGGGUCGCACCAAGGUGUUCGUCAAAGCCCCCGAGUCGCUCUUUUUGCUCGAGGAGACCAGGGAGCGCAAGUUUGACGGCUAUGCCCGAACCAUUCAAAAAGCCUGGCGGAAAUACGUGGCCUGUAAGAAGUACGUCCAGAUGCGCGAGGAAGCGUCCGACCUGCUGCUGAAUCACAAGGAAAGGCGGCGACACAGCCUGAACAGAAACUUCGUAGGAGACUACCUGGGCAUGGAUGACAGGCCCGAGCUGCGACAGUUUCUGGCCAAGAGGGAGAAGAUCGACUUUGCAGACAAAGUCACGAAAUACGAUCGCCGCUUCAAGCCGAUCAAGAGGGACUUGAUCCUGACGCCGAAGUCGGUGUACCUGAUUGGAAGAGAGAAGGUGAAACAGGGAGCGGAGAAAGGACAGGUGACCGAGGUGCUCAAGCGCUACAUCGGCGUGGAGAAGAUCUUGGGAGUGUCUUUGAGCACUCUGCAGGAUGACUUCAUGAUCCUCCACGAGCAGGAGUACGACAGCCUGCUGGAGUGCGUCUUCAAGACCGAGUUCAUCAGCUUACUGGCUCGCAGGUUCGAGGAAAAAACCCAGAGGACUCUACCACUCAAGUUUAGUAACACACUGUCGUUGAAGCUGAAGAAGGAGAACUGGGGCAUCCUGAGUGGCGGAGCCGGCAGCCGACAGGUCACCUUCGUCCAGGGUCAGGGAGACAUCGCCGUGCUCAAGCCCUCCAGCAAAAAUCUGCAGGUCAGCAUCGGGCCAGGACUUCCUCGGAACACACGUCCCUCCAGGACCAGCAAGGUCCAGAGCCGCGCCAGAUCUCACCACAACACGCCAGCGCGGGUCGCUCCGGGACCUCCAGUCGCUCACCAGAACGGCGGCCUGAAGAACACCAAUCACAUGGCCAAUAUGAGGAACUCUCUAAAUCAGCACCAGGGCGACGCCGUGCGCCCUCACCUCCCCAGCAACCUCAGCCAGCCCAGGGAGAGGGGCGGCGUACGACCGCAACCCGGACCCAAUCUGGACUUCCUCAAGGUUCCCGAUCAAGGAGCCGCAGGCAAUGGAGUCAGUGGAGCAGCUUCAGAUGGAAGAAUAGCUUACCGAGCGUCCACCGCGAGGCCCCCGCCGGGGGGCGGACGACCCAAGCCCGCGCCCAAGCCCAAACCUCAGGUGCCCCAGUGCAAAGCCUUGUACGCCUACGACGCCCAAGACACGGACGAGCUCAGCUUCAACGCCAACGACAUCAUCGACAUCAUCAAAGAGGACGCUUCCGGGUGGUGGUCGGGACGUCUGCGAGGGAAGCAGGGACUUUUCCCCAACAACUACGUGACCAAGAUCUAGAAGGAAGGACGGAAGGUUUCGGUCCAACGUUCCUGCGGCUGGAGCGUGAAGAAGCGCUGUGGGAUUUCCGGGUGAAUCCUCCACUACUGCCUUUGCGGAGUCCGUGAAUGUAAACUCUUGGUUUUGUCGGUCCGCUCCCGAACGCACCGCGACCGCGACCGCUUUCGUCCUCCUCGGAAGCGCCCGACGAAAUACAAAACAAAUUUAUUUAUUGUAUUUAUACAUGCUUCCUGUCCUGAUUGAUUUUUUUUUUUUUUUUUUCCUCCUCCUUUCCGACGUUACAACGUUACAUAAUCCGGGAACAGGCUGUGAUUUCUCGUUGGUUUCAAUCUUUUCUGGUCGUCGUUAGAUGAUUGCUAAAAGAUGACGUCAUAUUUAUUGUUAUCCCAGGGAAUGGAUGUUAAACUUGUGAUUUUAUACAAUUUUUUUGAAAUUUAUUUUUUUUUUUUUCCCUCUUCCACCAAAGAUAGUUGGCAUCUCGCGUGUGUACUGUAACCUGAGCGCACUGCCUGUGGUGUGUUAGCACUUUAUCGGUACAGGUACUACUACCUUGAACACACAAUUAAAUGAAGGCCCACGUGAUUUUUGUUUACACUAAAACUGCCCUUUUUUUUUUUCAUUAUUAUUAUGAAUAUUUUUGUCCCCCUUUCUCUAUAUGAGGAUGGAAAAUCGCAGCAUUCUUUCCCAUAUCCCGCGUAAUACUGUAUCCAGCUUCAGAUUUGUGUACUAGUACGCUCUUUCCACUCUCUAAUAUGACAAUUGAUGACACUAAUAGACCAGCGCUCCCUGCGACCCUUGUGAGGAUAAGCGGCUAGGAAGAUGGAUGGAUGGAUGGAUGACACUAAUAGAAUGUCUUGGUAGGACUAUUCAAAUGACUCUUAAUAUUUUUUUUUUUUUUUGUCCAUUACUGUAUGAUAUUUGUUUUGGAAUUGUAGGACUAGUACACUGUUUGUGCUCACUAUGAAGACAAUUUGGUGCAGUCAUGGAAUGAUGAAUAUUGUCUAUUAGUUGAACUCUACAACUAAGUGACAUUAGAUACUAGUUGGACAACGACAUGUUAAUAAUGAGGCAAAAGUGUGCUCAAGUUGACAUCCGUGCGCUACUAUCAGUCCUACUGAAGCGCUAGAUAAUUUUUUUUUUUUAUAGUUUUAUAUAAAUCACUUAUGGCUACUACACCAUAGUACUAUACUAGUACACAGAUGUCAAGUAGUGCACAGAUUUUCCUCACUGGAUCGCAUACGGAAAUGUCAUACAUGUGAUACUAGUUCCAUGAGUCAAAUACUAGCAGUUAGUUUUUGGAUGGCGCUUGUGUGUUUGUUUGAAUCCACAUCCUAGCCGCGAGAUGUGGGGUGGGGGGCGGGGGGGGGGGGGGGGGUCAUUCUACUAGUGCACCCCUAUCAUUCAACUUGUGCAGAUUUCUUACUAGUAAAGAUGAAGAGGAUACUAGUACAUAGACCUGAGGUUUUAUGUCAAGGAUGUGGAAUAAAUGCUCUGAUGUGUCUUCAUAGGAGAUGUUAUUUUUUUUUUUUUUUUUGGGGGGGGGAGGGGGGGGCAUGAAGAGUCCCCAUCCCGAAUCCUCACAGGGUUGCUUUGAGGAUCCUCUCACGCACGACGGUGACUGCUUUAUAUAGUUUUAGUUUUCACACAAUUGAUUUGGGGAUUUUUUUUUUUUUUUUUUUUUUGGUGUACAGUUUUCCAUUUUUCUUUGACAUUUCUCUCUCUCUCUCUCUCUCUUUCUCUCUCGGUUAUGUUUGAGCAAAUGACCGCAACUGCUGGGACUUGUCAUCAUCACUUUGGAUCUUGGAUGUUGCAAAAGCGUCCUUGUGCAAUACAAGACAGAAAAUUGAGACAUUUAAAAAAAAUAAAAUAAAAAUAAAGCAUGUAUUGUUAAACAUUGUUUGCUUUGACUUCCAAAACUUGAGUGCUUUGUUCAUUGCAGACAUCUUGGGAACUAAUAUUCCCCCAUGAUAAAUGUUGGCUAGAUUUUCCAUCAUUAC